CUUCGUAGACAAAAGUCAGAAACUUUUAGUUAAGGUUAUAAGGCGUUGAAUUUGUUAUAAAUAAAUAAUGGCGCGAAAACAAGCAGUUUCGAUCCAAGAAACUGUGGAAACCAAUGAGGAUUUCGAGGCCUACCUCGCAGCUCAUAAGGAUCAACUUAUUUGUAUGGAGGUGUACUCUGAUUUCUGCGGCCCCUGUCUGGCAACUGGUAACGCUGUCAGAAAGGGUAAGCUGGAGAUUGGUCAAGACCGAAUCGCUAUGGUCAAGUGUUGCGCUGACAAUAUAGAUGCACUGGCAAGAUUCAAGCAUCAUAGCGAGCCGGCGUUUCUGUUCUUAGUGAAUGGUAAACUGACCCGUGCGAUGUUCGGCCCAAACGGCAUAGAUCUGUGCCGUAUCAUAGAGGAAGAACUGAAGAUCAUGGACAGGGAAGCCGAGGGCAUUAUUGUAGAGAGGCCUCGACUUGAAGUACAUGAGAUGCUGCCUGAAGAAGCGGCUAAAAUGCAAGAAAACUUGAAGAUCGAGGAAGAAUACCGUGACGCAGCCGAGCGUCUCCGGGUGCUGACGCUAGCGGCUCGCAAGAAGAGAGUGAACGAGCGCCUCUCGCAGAACAUUAAGAGACUGAACUUCAUCAUGUUCUGGCCACAUUGCCAUCAAGCGCACUACGAUUUGUAUGAGAAAUGGGAUAUGAUCAAUAUAACGGUGGCAGCAAAAGACACGUUCCAACUAGACGAGCGGGGAGCCCGCGAGGCUCUAUACAUGAGCGAUGUGGAUCCAAACGAGGCGUGUGUUCACGCGCUGCUCGCCGGCCCCGUGCUGGUCGUGCUGUUCAAGAUGUUCGAGACUGAUACUAGGGACUUUGUCAAGUUAAUGCGCUACACACUUUACGAGGAGAUCCCGAUCCCCAAAGAGGACGUGAGCCCCGAGAAGCAAGUGCCGCCGGUGCCAGCUUACGAGAGAUACGCCAGCAUCAGCAAGACUGCGCGCGAAGUGCGCCGUGACCGCUACAAUGCGAAGCUGCAGAAAUUGAAAGAAGAAAAAGAAGACGCGGAACGUCUCCAAGCUGAACAGGAGCGAUUGGCGCGCGAGGCUCAGGAGGAAGCCGCCAGGGUCGAGAAACAACGCCUGGAGGAAGAGAGGAUGGCCAGGAUUGCUGCUGGGUUGCCAGCCGAUCCUGAACCACCACCGCCACCGCCGCCACCAGAACCGACAGAAGGAGAGCCUGCAGAAGGAGCGGAAGGAGUAGAAGGAGAAGCGACAGAAAGCGGGGAAGGAGGAGAGGAGAAACCAGAGACAGUGGAGACAGCGUCGGAAGUGGCAACUACUAUCACAGACUUAACUCCAGGAGAGGGGGGUCCAGAAGACGCUAUGUUAGAUGAGGAUGUAGGAGAAAAAGAAGAAGAGUUUAAUUCCGAUAUAGAAGUGGAGGGAGAGGAUUACAUCCCUCCCGGAGGUCUGUUCGUGCCAGGCUUGUAUACACCGGCCAAUGAGCUCGCUAAAGCUAAUGGACUUGCUUUUUUCUAUCCCAAGCAAGUAGCAGACUUGGCAGAGGUGAUAGAGACAGAGUACCUGCCGCCGCACGUGCUCGUCAUAUUCCCCAUAGACAAGCGCUACGAUGUGCAGGAGGUCGUCAACUUGUACUCCUCCGAGAUCUUGAAUAUGGGUAUCUUCGUGGGUGAAGACCCAUAUAGCGCGGAGCACGUCGCCUACAGCAUCAAACAGUACGACAAGAUGGAACGCCCGAGGAGAUACUUUGACCGCCUAGCCCUGAUGGUCUCCCGCAAGCGUUCCUUACCUCUACUCCAGCUGGCUGGUCUGAACCCCGUAUAUAUCAGCUCUGAUGUCAUCAGCGGGGAGAGGGAGUGUCUCGCCAUGUUCCCCGUUGGCUACGGAGACGAUCACGAGGAGAUUGAGAGCGUUGAAGAAGAGGAGGUCGUGGUAACCGAACAGCCACAAGAAACAGUUCAAGAGACUGUUGCUGCCGAAGAGAGACCAGAAGACGAAGACGAGGAUGAAGAAGAGGAACCAACCAUGUGAUAAGCCUGAAUCAUGAAGUCACCCUCACGAACUGCCGAUAAGUUUAUGUAAUGGCCUGUUCAAACAGCGAGUCGUGCUUGUACGGAAGCUUGGAAUUGAGUUCCGCUACGAUCCUGCACAACUUUACUUUUUAGCUUCCACUGACCAGCGUCAGAGUAGAUGCCGUUAAAGUAUGUCUAAAAAA